AUGGCGUUCAUGGAGCAUCAGCCGCGUGCCAUCCCCGACGGGCAGAUCACACAGUCCGUGUAUGGCUACAUACGCGAUCAGAAGUGGCCCGACGCGGUGGACGUUCUGCAGCAGCAGCUGCUGGAGACGCCAGAGAGCCGCGCAGCACUGUCGCUGCUGGGCCACUGCUAUUUCCAGACCGAUGAGUUUGAGCUUGCCUCACAAAUGUACGAUCAGCUGUCACGCCUGUACCCUGAAAAUGAGGACUACCCCUUGAGCCUGGCGCACAGCCUGCACAAGGCGGGACUAUACGCGGAGGCGUCAAAGGCGGCUGCGCGCGUGGCGUCGUCGGCAUCGCAGAAGCACGCACGCGCUGCCGCCACCCUGCAGGUGGCUAUUGCCUAUGAGCAGGGGGAUGUGGCAGCUUGCCGCCGCCAGCUGGACCAGUGCGGCCCUGAUGACCCGGGCGCUGUCGCCAACGCCGGCUGCCUGCUGUUCAAGGAGGGCGAUUACGCGGCAGCUGCCAAGAAGUUUGACGACGCUACGCAUGCACUGGGGCGCUUGCGUGCCAGCCCCAGCCUGCCAUAA